AUGGGAAGCCCGCUCUCAGGGAUCCUAUGCGAAUUGGUAGUUAGAAGACUGGGAAGAAUAAUUUUACAUGGUUUUAAGGAAGAUGUCAUGUAUUUUAGCAGAUACGUUGAUGACAUAUUUAUAUUAUGGAGAAAUAACAGCAGGAUUAAGGAUUUUUUGGAUAAAAUCAAUGAUAACAAUGAUGGCCUUACUUUAAGGUUGGAGCAGAAGAGUUCCUUGGAUCUGCAUUUUCUAGACAUCGGUAUUAAAUUCAAAAAAGGCCACCUGUCCACUAGCGUUUUUAUUAAACCAUCCCACAGCCCAUUGUAUAUUCCAUCACAUUCCAAGGAUCCGUAUAAAUAUAAAAUUGAAGCUUUCAGAGCUUUAAUAAGAAGGGCAUUUUUGUAUUGUGAAACGGUACAAGACAGGAGUAAAGAAAUAGAUAGAAUAAUAAGCGUGGCCAAGACCCUAGGUUACCGAAAAAACGCAAUUCUGGGAAUGGUUAAGAAGUUUGAAGCGAACAUCAAGAAAGGGUCUUUUAAAAAUGCUUCCGCUGGAAUCGUAAAAUUUACUUAUAAUGAAAGUAUGAAUCGUGUCAUGAAAGAGAUUGCUCGCAGGAAAGGUUCGAAAAUGCUUAUAAAAAGGGCCCCUAAUUUAUACAAAAUCCUCAGGAACGAUAAGGAUGAUAUAAUGUCGGAAGAGAAAGCAGGAGUUUAUAGAAUUCCUUAUGAGAAUAUGCAAUUGGGCGUUAAAAAAGACUAUAUUGGAGUAACCACCAGGAAUUUAGGGCUUAGAAUCAAGGAGCAUAGUUAUAACAUCAGAAAGGAGUCUAAUGCAACAAUUUUAUCCCAAAUGGCGCAAACACCAUGA